GAAGUGUAGCGCAGAAAAACAUCACACACAGUCCUUGCGUAUUUUCGGCGAGAGUGUAACGCAGUUCUGCAGCAUCGUGUUCCGUAGUUUGUUAAACGAUUCCAUGUGUUUCUGGGAAGGUGCGUAUCUAGUUGGUCGUUUGUGUUGUGACCAAAUGGUUAAAAAAUGAGCUGAGGCGGUUUUCCUUUUGAAGCAUGAAACAGUGUCACCAGUUACGAGUUAAUUUGUUGGUGCGUUUAGUCGCAAGUGAAUGUGUAUCGUAAGCGAUCGCGUGUGAAUCGGAGCUGGAAAAUGUGCAUCGUUGGGUGAAGGAGCGUAGUCAGCCCAUUUAUCCUCGGUGACCGGUGGCCAUAAGGGAACCAUCCCGCUACCAUCCGCUUCGCAGCAGCUUGGUGCGAAAGUAGGGAAACACAUUAUAGAUAAGCCAUAGGUUUCGGGUCCCGAAACGGAUCCCACCAGUCUCUGCUAGUCGAUGCCGGAACUAGUCAGUGCAGCUAGUCCAUUAACAAUAGCAACCGGAAGCAGUGCAAGCGGCAGGCGCCCCGCACGACGAUGAUGACCGAACGGCGCAGCGAUUUCGUGCUGAAGGGCGGCUACAUGGUGAAGCGAUCGCAGAACAAGAAACGCUUCACGCCGGUCAACUACAAGACGCGCUGGUUCGAGCUGACGCGCUUCUAUCUGUCGUACUACGACAUCGGGAACCUGGAGAAGCGACGCGAACGGGGCCGGAUCAGCGUGAAAGGCGUACGGCUCGUGGAACCGGCACUCCUGCACGGCGAAGGCGGUGAUGCGGCGGCACCGGAUGGAUAUCCUUUUCAAGUAGGAUACUGCGAGAGUGACGGCAUCUACCCGGGAACGACGCUGCCCCAGUACACGCUCUACCUAGUGGCGGACAGCGAGAAGGACCGGACGGAGUGGAUCUCCUCGAUACGGAAGGUCUGCGAAGAGUACAGCCCGAAAUCGUUCAGCUACCAUCUGGGGCUUUGGUUGGGCCGGAAGUGGUCCUGCUGCAGAAGCCUGAAUCGACGUGCGCUCGGCUGUCAGGUGGCAACGGUAUGGCCGGAGUACAACAAUAAUCCAAGUACCGGAAGCUCUCCUGCCCAAAAUUCUACCCGAAGUACCAGCCCAAACGUGCCGAACGGCCAUCUGCAGCUUCCACAGCAGCAACCGUUGGCCCAUCCUCAGCAGCAAUCCCUGCAGCAUCAUUCCGGUACGGUGCCAUUGCAGCCGCCCCAGCAGCAGCAGCAACAGCAGCAGCAGCACUCCCAGUCCCACUCACCGUCGCUGCAGCAUCCCUCACCCCAGCAGCAGCAACAGCAAGUGCACCUCCAGCAGCAGCAAGCCCUCCAGGCGGCCCUCCAACAACAACAACAGCAGCAGCAACAGCAACCGCCUCAACUGCAGCAACAAACAUCCCAACAGUCAUCCCAUCAUCUCAACAGCAGCUCGAGCAGCUUAGGCAACAUCACGCCCACCUUCGUCGCACAGCCACAGUCUCCGACUGUGAAUUCCUUUAAAACGGCGUCCCUCAACGGUGUUGGUCUGCACGUGAACGGCGGUGGGGAUUUAAAUAUGCCCGGUGGUCCAACAGCAACGCCUGGAACACCGAACACGAAGGAUGUAUCGCCACGGGUGAAGAUCGUCGUCGCGCUCUACCCCUUCAAGGCCAUCGAAAGUGGCGAUCUUUCGCUCGAAAAGAAUGCCGAGUACGAGGUGAUUGACGACUCACAGGAGCACUGGUGGAAGGUGAAGGAUCAACAUGGCACGAUCGGCUACAUUCCGAGCAACUACGUCAAGGAGAAGGAGCUGCUGGGACUGCAGAAGUACGACUGGUACGUGGGUGACAUGUCCCGGCAGCGCGCCGAAUCGUUGCUGAAGCAGAACGACAAGGAGGGCUGCUUCGUGGUGCGCAAAUCAUCCACCAAGGGUCUCUACACACUAUCGCUACAUACCAAAGUACCACAAUCGCAUGUGAAGCACUACCAUAUCAAACAGAAUGCUCGCAGUGAAUUUUACCUCUCCGAGAAGCACUGCUGUGAAACCAUACCGGACUUGAUAAACUACCAUCGCCAUAAUUCCGGUGGGCUCGCCUGUCGCCUGAAGACUUCGCCGUGCGAUCGUCCAGUGCCACCGACCGCUGGUUUAUCACACGACAAAUGGGAAAUUCAUCCCUCGGAAUUGAUGAUCCUGGAGGAGCUGGGCUCCGGUCAGUUCGGUGUGGUGCGCCGUGCCAAAUGGCGCGGUUCGAUCGACACUGCAGUCAAGAUGAUGAAGGUGGGCACCAUGUCGGAGGAUGAUUUCAUCGAGGAAGCAAAAGUGAUGACUAAACUUCAACAUCCCAACUUGGUGCAGCUGUAUGGUGUUUGCUCGAAGCACCGCCCAAUCUACAUCAUCACCGAGUACAUGAAGCAUGGCUCGCUGCUGAACUACCUGCGGAGGCAUGAGCAAUCACUGAUCGGCAAUAUGGGUCUUCUGUUGGAUAUGUGCAUACAGGUUUGCAAGGGAAUGUCCUACCUGGAGCGUCACAACUACAUCCAUCGCGAUUUGGCCGCCCGCAACUGUCUCGUCGGGUCAGAGAACACCGUGAAGGUGGCCGAUUUCGGGUUGGCACGGUAUGUGUUGGACGAUCAGUACACCAGCUCUGGUGGCACCAAGUUCCCCAUAAAAUGGGCCCCACCGGAGGUGCUCAACUAUACGCGGUUCUCAUCCAAGAGUGACGUUUGGGCAUAUGGUGUACUGAUGUGGGAAGUGUUCACCUGCGGCAAGAUGCCGUACGGUCGCCUAAAAAACACUGAAGUCGUUGAACGUGUCCAGCGUGGCAUCAUCCUUGAGAAGCCAAAAGCGUGCGCUAAAGAAAUCUAUGAUGUCAUGAAAAAGUGCUGGUCACACAGUCCCGAAGAUCGACCCGGGUUCCGAAUACUGAAGGAUCAACUAGCUGCCGUUGCCCAGGGACUCACAGAUUAAGCCGAUCGUCCUCUGCAGUCAGUAGUGCUGCGUGGAGUUUUACGUUCUGUUCUAACUAUUUGAGUGGCAUUUUACCUUCGUCAACCGGCGCAGCAGCGACAGUCGUUUCUUAGCCUCUUUUAAUGCUAUUUUCCUAAUUAAGCACACAAAAGUUGCCAACCGUUUAUACAAAUGAAUGAAACAUUUACUUUUUGUACAUUGUACUUCCUGAUUGGCAAAAGACUGUUUUCGACACUAUAUUCAAUGAAACACGAUCAGGGUUUUGUUUGUAGCAGAAACAAAAAAAACUUAUAGAAGAAGGAACAGAAAACCUACUCUCGCUAGUCCUCGACGAUUGCCAACAUUUAUGAAGUGGACUGAAGGCCACGCGCAUUCCGGAAGAAAAGGGAGUAGAGGCCGCGGAGUUGAGCGUCAGGGAAUUGAGCAAGCGCGAUGAGUGCCAGAUUUAUAUGUUCUAGUAUACGUUUGGGUUCCGUUCAGAUCCGGGGUUCUCGAUACAGUUGUGAAAUGGCUUCAAUUGUCUGUUUCGUUUCGUGAAGUACAGAAUGAUGAUGGGCAAUGAGCGGAUUUUUGACGAAUUUUGGACGAUGCUAAAAUAAUGUUUUGGGGAGACAAACGUCAAAGAAACGCCACCAGCUACGGCUUCCGUCAGUGAGGGUACUUUCUUUUCCCUCACUGCACGCAGUUUCGUACUAUCUUAACCCUUAAUGAUACGCAGUACCAGAAGAACCAGUAUCUCAACUUACAGGAAGAUUGGUCCGAAAGCGAACGAACGCUAGGAUUAAUGAGUGAUAAACGUGAUUUGAUUGUGCACGACGGUAGAUGGUGUCGGUGCAGUAGAGAGCAUGCAAGGAUUAAUACUUUGAGCGUCGCUAGUAGUAAUAACAGAAGCAACACACAAAACACACACACGCAAACUAACCCUUACAUACCAGUUCUAGUGUAGCUACGCAACCGGUCUAAGUAGCCGGAUAAGGGUCGGAAUUUCAGAAUCAAACAGCAAAGGUUACUAUGAUGCCGGGAUGUGUUUCUGGCCGCCAGAACGUACAAUGGAGAUAAAACGGAAAAAUAGUAGAUGAGGAUGAGAAUAAAACAAAACAAAACAAAUGCCGUCAGCUGUGCAAACGAUGGGAACACGUGUAGGACGAUGGUAUUUAAGUGAUAUUUAAGAUUAUGUUUCCCUCCGGCUGAUGCGGGUUUUGAAACGUUCGUGGGAGCAUUCUUCCAGUCCCUCUUUCGCUUCACAACCGACGCAGGGACGGUUCAGUAGGAAAUAGGUAUUUCUUGUCUUUUCGCUUACGUUUAGGGCCCUGUGCAGCCACCUGCCUGCCGGGGAACGUUUUCUCACUUUGUUUUACAACCUUUGUAUAUACAGAACCCGUUUCGUUCGAGUUUUUUUUACGUAUCUAGCGGAUGUAGAUCAUACAACAACAUGGAUUAUAUCGUUUUG